CCUGGCUCUGGGUAAGGACCCGGGUCGCACGCUGCUGCACAGUGAGAAGCCCAGCGAAGAACCCACCCGCCCUGCUUUCAUCUUUCAGUUUAAGAACCCGCUGAUCCUGCUGCUGCUGGCCUCGGCCUUGGUGAGCAUCCUCACGAAGAACUAUGAGGACGCCAUCAGUAUCACCGCGGUGAGCCGUCUGAUCGUGGACCCUGUCGCCAUCAUCCAGGAGUACAGGUCGGAGAAAUCUCUGGAAGAGCUGACCAAGCUGGUACCUCCCGAGUGUAACUGCAUCAGAGAAGGAAAGCUCCAGCACCUGCUGGCGCGAGACCUGGUUCCCGGGGACAUCGUGUCUCUCUCCAUCGGAGACCGGAUCCCGGCAGACAUCCGUCUCACUGAGGUCACAGACCUCCUGGUAGAUGAGUCCAGUUUCACGGGAGAAGCUGAGCCAUGCAGCAAGACGGACACCCCGUUGACCGGCGAGGGGGACCUCACCGCCCUGAGAAACAUCGUCUUCAUGGGGACCCUGGUUCAGUACGGGAAGGGGCAGGGAGUCGUGAUCGGAACAGGGGAGAGGUCUCAGUUCGGAGAAGUGUUUAAGAUGAUGCGGGCUGAAGAGACACCUAAAACUCCUCUACAAAGAAGCAUGGACAAGCUGGGGAAACAACUGACACUUUUCUCGUUCUUCAUAAUUGGCGUCAUCAUUCUCACUGGCUGGCUGCAAGGGAAGCACCUUCUCAGCAUGUUCACGAUUGGGGUCAGCCUGGCUGUGGCUGCCAUUCCAGAGGGCCUGCCCAUCGUUGUCAUGGUUACGCUGGUCCUGGGAGUCCUGCGGAUGGCCAAGAAGCAGGUCAUUGUGAAGAAGUUGCCGAUCGUGGAGACUUUGGGUUGCUGCAAUGUUAUCUGCUCUGAUAAGACGGGGACCCUGACCGCCAACGAAAUGACUGUCAGCCAACUUGUAACGUCUGAUGGGCUCCACGCCGAGGUCAGCGGAGUUGGGUAUAAUGGCCAAGGGACAGUCUGUCUUUUACCGUCAAAGGAAGUCGUUAAGGAGUUUUCCAACGUCUCCGUGGGGAAAUUGGUGGAGGCAGGCUGUGUCGCCAACAAUGCUGUCAUCAGGAAGAACGCCGUGAUGGGACAGCCCACGGAAGGUGCCUUGAUCGCCCUGGCAAUGAAGGUGGGGGAUGUUUUACUUCCUUUUCAUACAUUCACUUGGUCCCAGGGCUGAGCGGUUAGCCCCUGA